UAGAGUUCUGCAUUGUACCUUUUUAUAUAUGCCGCGUUUUAAAACGUUCGGGCGCGUGUCGGACAGUCACAGUGCCGCAGUUUGUUUUCGGAGACAAGCUGUAAUGAGGUGUUUCUUUAGCUUGUGUUAAUAGUUUAAUUUAUUUUUUAAUAUAUAAUUUAACCUCUUUGUUGCUGUCAGUCUUUGUGAUUAGGUAGCACCUUCCUAUAAGUUGACCUCGUAGUCUUGAACGCAGCAUUCAAGCUAACCUCCACCUAACUGGCAUUGUAGUUUCUCCAUUCGUAUCGUUACGUAGCCACGCUCUUUGUUUUCCUCAACGAUUGACCUGAGCUGCGUUGAUUUAAUGGUUAUAAGCGUAACGAAGUAACUCCCGAGGCUCCCAGUUCAAUUCCCUGAUUUGGCCCAUGCGUGCAGCGCUACAGCAUGACCACAGCGUUGGCUGUUCAUCUGGUAGUUCUGGCAAAUGAAAAUGGAGGAUUGUUCUGUGUCCAGCCUGGACAACAGCAAGCUGGAGGGCCUGGCUCAGGACAUCCUGUCUGAGCUGGUAGAAGAUGCAUGUUUGGGUCUUUGCUUUGAGGUCCAUCGGGCUGUUAAGCAGGGCUAUUUUUUCCUGGAUGACACGGACCAAGAAAGCAUGAGGGACUUUGAAAUUGUGGACCAGCCAGGACUGGAUGUUUUUGGCCAGGUGUACAAUCAGUGGAAAAACAAGGAGUGUGUUUGUCCCAACUGCAGCCGAAGUAUCGCAGCUUCACGAUUUGCCCCGCACCUGGAGAAAUGCCUGGGAAUGGGGCGGAACAGUAGCCGCAUAGCCAACCGCAGAAUAGUAACUGGUAACAACACCAACAACAAGUCAGAAAGUGACCAAGAGGAUAAUGAUGACGUCAAUGAUAAUGACUGGUCUUACGGCGCAGAAAAGAAAGCAAAGAAAAGGAAAUCUGAUAAGAAUCCAAACUCGCCAAGAAGAUCUAAAUCCUUCAAGCAUAAAAGCAGCAUGAUGGGCCCCAGACGCCGUUUGGACAACCAGGAGAGCCCACGCAUGCUGAUGAAAGACGAGGCGUUCUCUCAAUAAUCCGCUCGUCGUCCAAUCACACGUGCUUUUUGUCGUCGCCGUUGUUGUGUGUGGCCAACGCACAGAGGGACACACAACAGAGACCAACAGCACUUCAGCGUUGGUUUUUAACGUCUGCAAACCAUCGGACUUAGUGUUUUCUGCAACAGAAAAAAUCUUCAACUCCAACUCUAUACUUGACAAAAAAAACUUACUGAAUCAUUUUUUUAAAGUACUUUAUUCUGCUUUUCCACUCAAAAAGUCUAAAUAAACAAGGUAAUACUGGGGCAUUAUGUUAAUGUUCUUCUUAUAAACAGCCCAUCAGCAGUUAAUUUAUUCACUGGUAUCACUUUCCUUUCACUGAUUGUGGUCCAUUUCCUUCACUUCCUCUUGAUAGUGUUCAGCUGAUUCAUCAGCCUCUGCACUGAAUAAAUGUCAUGGGUGAUAUGGAAUUAUUGCUUUUUCUUGUGAGGUUCCUCGUUUCUCCUCUUUAGCUUGUUUUGUUGAAUAAAAUCUUUUUUUUUUUUAAAUCAGAAAAGAUUUUUUAAUUUUUCCAGCUCAAAUGCAGUAUAAUGAUUAGUUUCUGAGUCACAGCAUCGACUGUUCUAAUAAUGUUGUUUUCAGAACAGCUCUGGCCUCCAGAAAGGUCUAUGAUUGCUUCUGAGUUGAGGGGUAAGGUUGUGCGGGUCCCCUAAUCACUUUUGUUGAAUUGAAUUUUCUGAAAUCAAUUAUCAUGAUUACCUGUUACACCUUCUGAUCAUAGACAUGUAAAAAAAAAGGAAAGAAUGAAUGACAUUCUUAAUAGCAAAUGUCUAAGACAGUCAUUACUAAUAGUUUGUCUUUUACUUUCGUGUUCACUGUCGGGGUUAUAUUUGUCACCACACUGCGUCUUGUCCUUCACCUGUGGAAACUUGUUUUCAGUUUUUUCUGUAACCUCGAGUUGUACAAGCAGCUUUUUGCUGCCUAAUGUUUUUUUUUUCCUUUCCUUUGUGAAUAUAUCAGCUUUUUUUAGCAUUCAAACAUGUCUUUAUACCAUGUGUUUACAAUGUAUGUAAAGGGUGCAUAUAUCCUUGCUGUGAUGUGAUAGUGUAAAUAUUGUAAUAGUUGAAAUGCUGCUAUCAUGGCUCAGUUUGUUCAUCUGUCUAGUACAAUAAAAAAUUUGCUACCUUG